UUGUAACGGCUCAAACAUCAAAUCGAAACAAUAUAAUGAAAUAGUGUAAGAGGAUGAAUAAAGCAAACACCACAUGGCUUUCCUCGCUUUGGAAGCAUCGCCUUCGCUUGCAUCAUUAUUGUCGGCGUUCUAGCCUAAACGCCAUGAGGGCCCCCACAAACACCACUGCAUGUUAUUCUCCACUGUCAUGAAGUUUCAUCCCUAUCAAGAUCGUGUAUAAGUGCAGGGUGAGACUCAUUCCUCUAUCUAUCACCUAAACUUAUUCCUCUUUAUUCGCCACUAGAUAGAUUGACUCACGCAUUCAUCUUGCAAGAGGCUUUGCUUAUGUAGUUUGCAUGAAAGCCCUACCAAGAAAAAUAACAAAAUUAUUAUUUAUGUGAGAAGAAAACUAAGCAAACAAAAAAGAAAAAAUCUCUGAUGUACAAAGAGACAAAACUAAAGCAAAGUACAAAUGACUGAAUUCCAAGCUAGACCGGAAAAUACAACCGUCGAUAACGGGAGUUAAGAUCCACCGUUAUCAAAAUAUAUUACAACCAAAAAGUGAGGUGAUUCUCUUUCUGAAGUGUUGAAGAGAGUGAUUCUCUUCUGCGUAGUUUUUAUACUAUAAUUUUGUCUAAACAGUUAACUCUUUGAAAGAUUUUAAGGAUAUAGUUUGUAUACUAUAAUUUUCUAAUCAACGAUAUUUUUUAGUGUGUAUCAGCUGUUCGCUUCAGUUGGAUAAAUAAUGGAAUUUGCGGUUUGUUUAAACGGAUGGAUAACAAAUAUAUGCAAUUAAAAAUAAAUAUAUCAUUUCUUUUUCCCACAUUGCUGGGUUGGAAUCCUAAUAUAUAUAUCAUUAGUAACACUUGCAAAACUGAGUACAAACAUUUUCAUAACUAACAACAAACAACAAAGACUAGUGGAAAUAUGGGUUUCUUGUAUAACGAGUGCCUUAAAAACCAAGCGGUCAGUUUCGGCGGCUACGCUCUUGACGGCUGCGGUGAGUUCAUGCCCAAGUCCACCACCAUCCUCACAGACCCUCCGUCCCUUAGUUGCGAUGCAUGUGGCUGCCACCGCAACUUCCACCGCCGUGACCCUUCCAACGUCUUCAGUCACCGUACCAACUCACCGCCCCCUCCACCACCGCUGCAGCCAGCUGCAUCCACGCAGCACUCGCUUCUCUCUCUCAGCAGCUCAGGUUUCUCCGGACCCUCGGAUCAAGACAUGGGUAAAAUCAGUACGGACGUGGAUAGGAAACGUAAGAGGACAAAAUUCACGGUGAAGCAGAAGGUGAUGAUGAGAGCUUUCGCAGAGAGAGCUGGUUGGAAGAUCAACGGCUGUGAUGAUAAGUACGUAAGAGAGUUUUGUAGCGAGGUGGGAGUAGAGAGAGAAGUUCUGAAGGUUUGGAUUCACAACAAUAACGGGAGGAAUAGAAACACAACGUCCUCUAUGUUUCAAAAGUUGUAGAUCUCUUUCAUGUUGAUGAUGCGUUUUGUCUUCUUGAAAAAAAUAAAUAUAUAAAACAAAAUAAGGUAUACCAUCUUAGUUCCUAGAAUAAUUUUCUUUUCAAUUGAUCAUGAAGCUUCAGUGCUUAGUAUUUUUUUGGAAAAUCUUACAAAACCUACAUACAUCCAACAAUUAAGAUUAGAAAAAUUACAAUCUUAUUCGUUUUACUAUGUGUUCUUUGGUGAAACAAUGCUGUUAAAUAAUUCAUGAAUGGGUGAAUGAUUAACUAUGCUGACUUGCGACCCUUCCUAACGGGAUGGAAGUUAGCAAUGCUAAAUAUAACCUUUUUUUAAAAUGAAAUUUCAAAUUUAUAACCGGGGCGUCUAGCUCUGGUGGUAAAGGACUCACAGCUGUGAGCACCGCCACCUGGGCUCGAUUUCUGGCCACUGCGGAUUUAACAUUCGGGCCGCAGCGACACAGAUUAGUCUCUUGGGCCUGGGAAGCCGUUGGGGAAACUGUGCUUAAUCAAAAAAAAAAAAAAAAUUUCAAAUUUAUUGAUCUAUCGAUCAAAAAAUUAUUUACAAGUCAAUCAGUUUAUGAUGAGCACUAUAAAUAUAAUUGCUUCCUUAACAUCCAGAACAACCAUGCACGGAUAUGGUCGGAUGGUAUGUCGGGCUCAGAAAAGAGCUAAGUGCUCCGGGUUCAAAACAUACCCACUUACAUUAGUUGGCCUUCAGAUACCUUAGGAUUAUAAAAAAAAUAUAUCAAAAACUCGUUGUCUGAACACCUUUUGGAAUAGUAGUAGUUCAAGAAGUGAUCCAUUCUUGAUGAUUCUAUAUAACGAAUCUCCUGAACUUUAAAGGCAAGUAGAUAUAAACUAAGAAAGAAAUAUACGUGAAUAUCUUGAUCCGCGUAACCGCGCGAAUUUUUGUUUUCAUUUAUUUUUAUAUAAAUAUUUUGUUUUCAAUUCUAAAUGGGUAUAUAUUAUAAUAUAUAUGUGUCUAUCAAUUUUUAAAACAUAAUAAGUUUACUGUAUAUUUUUUUAUUGAAUAGAUUGUUUCAAACUUUCACAUAUAUUUGUAUCU